AUGUCGGCAGUUCGCGAGUACCUAGUGUACGGCGUCGACGACGCCCACAAGCACUUGUGGCCAGUGCACUACCACUUGAUACGAGGCGACUUUCUUGCAGCUAUAGAUACUGUUAGAAAAGGCGCCAAUCCUUUGGAUCAUGACAGUCGGUGUGCGAGUGCCUUGGCGCUGUGUUACGAGCUAUUUUUCAAGACAUUGAACAAAUGCCUGAAUUCAACGGUACCACUGGGCAGCCGGUCAUGGCAGACAACCGGCCCCUCGCCACCUUCACAAGGUCUGUCGGCUGCAAACCGCUCUCCUAAACUGUUGAAAGCUAAACAGGAUGAGAACACAACAGUUACGGAGCUUCAUGGCAUGGCAGACUACAACUUGCCGUCGGUACCGAGUACUGGGGGCAACGAGGACACUGAAGCGUUGCUUUUUACACCUUACAUCGAGGUGUUCAUCACCACCCACUACAGUGAUGCCGCUGAGUUGACACAGAACAAGCUCGUUCGCCGACUUAAGGGGCUGUUGGCAGUGUUAAAGACCAUGUCGGAGCGUGAAAACAUACUGCUUCACAGCAAGAAUGAGUUGUUACGUGCCAUCCAUUUCUUGGAAUACCCUACGCUAUAUGCAUCUUUGAUGGACUACAUGUUCAAGAAUGCUCGAGUAUACGGAAUGUCGUCUGUUGAUGUUGCUGAUGUCUGGGAUGCCCGCCGUGUAUGGCGUGCUGCCUCAUCUAAGGACGUAAAGCUACAGUCUCUCACCAAAUUCAUAUCACAUAUUGCGACUCUAGUUCAGGAUCUCUGUGGGAUUUUCCAUGUGAACAUAUACAGCAAAUCGCAGAAGAAUUUUGGUGCAUUAUACUCAGGUCAUGAUCGACAUCUUCGCCUUCCGGGCAUGGACCCACACAUAAUCGAAACACUGGCGCAUAUGGCCUUUGUGACGAACAAUGCGCUGCUGUUCGAUGCCAUGGUCGUCCAGGAACCAUUUUUACAGGGAGCCGAUGCGUUCAAGUGGACCGACUUGUUGUCACAGCUUCUCACAUCUAGUUCCCAAAUGAGGCCGUUUACGGAACCUCUGAUGCGCCGCAGUCUCAGAAACAAUGUAGAGUAUCGUGUUAGCGUGCCGGCCAACUUGUACAAGCACGCUGCACGACAAAGCGCGGCGUUAGACCUCAGCAUGAUCGGUGUGCGACGUGUCUACAAAUUGCCUAUGGCUAACUCUCGUUACUCGUACGUGAAACAUUUCGAACAGGAGAGUACUCUUUUACCAGAAUGUUGGCCGUUGAUACGUGUAGAUGGACGCGGCUUUACGGGAUUUUCCCGUCUUCACCGGUUUCGUAAGCCCAAUGAGCCUCUAGCUCUGGGAGUUAUGAACGCUGCUGCGGCUCAUGUGAUGUCGACCUUUGAUGACAUAGUUCUCGCGUAUGGCCAUUCUGACGAGUACAGGAAGAUUUUGUCUAGUGUUGUGUCGACAUUUUCAGCGGCAUACUGCUUCCACUGGAGCUCUUUCUACCCCAAUAAGCCGUUGAAAGCGCUACCGACUUUCGACGGUCGCAUAGUACUCUAUCCACGAUUCGAGCACAUUGUUAACUACUUCUCGUGGCGUCACGUAGACUGUCACGUCAACAACCAGUACAACAUCUGUUUCUGGUGCCUGGUCGCCGACGGCAAGAGCCCGGAUGAGGCAUACAAAUGGCUGAAGGCAAUACAGCAUACACGUAAAGGAGACAAGAAUGAGUAUAUCUUUCAGUCUCGCGGCAUUAACUAUAACAAUCUUCCUCGUAUUUUCAGGAAGGGCACUACUCUGGUGCGGUUUUCCGGCACCAAAGCGUCAGAGCAUGAUAUUAGCUUAGAUUCUGUGACUAUCUCCGCUGAGGAACGCCCUGAGGUCACCCAAUCUACCACCAGUAGCACGGCUGAGCCCACACCGCAGUCAGGCUGUGGUGACAUGAUCGAGCUCACGAUUGGAGACACCGAGAUUUCCGCAAUAUCGCAAAAAUUGGAUGCCAUAUGCACUCCAUUAGGUAUUGGUGUGGUUCAUUGCGACAACACCAGCCCUGACUUUUGGAAGGCUGUCGCGCCGUCAUACGAUGCGAGCAGUGACGUGGCGUCUAGACACGGAAUCGCAACACUUUCGACUCUGAGCCGCGACCAAAUAGUGUCACUUAAUGCUGGCAGCGGCGAAGGUAAAGAUCUUCGCCGGCAUGAUAAGAAGGUGAAACGCUCACUGAGUAAUGUGUUCGGCGAUCAAAAGUUUUCGGUACCCGAGGCGGAGUUAGGGCCAACUCAUCCCGAUCAAAGUCAGCCCGCAUCGACAAGGAAUCGCACUACUGCAGAAAAUCAAUGCGGUAGCAGUCGUAUUUGUCCGUAUGGCGGUCGCCGAGAACCGCAGAAGCGGGCUAACAGUGCCCCUAAUCACCAUUUUGGAUACUGGUAUUUCGAUGGUCACUCCAAAUAUGAGGACAAAAGCCAGUAUCGCGGCAGGCCAUUGCAUGAAACUUUGCAUACGGAAUUCCGCAUUAGUCUUCUUUCUAGCAAUGCGCAACAUUUGGAUCUGAAGGGUUUCAUGAACCUCGCAUUCGUCCUUUUGGUUGUGAUAAAUUUCCGUGCGGUUAUGACCAAUUUCCGCAAAUAUGGUCUUUUGCUAGAGUUUCCAACCGUCUACAAACUAAUGCAUGACGAUUGGCCACUCACUCGCUGCUGCAUUAAGGUACAUAUCUCCAUCGUUUUCGCAUGGGGUAUUGAACGUUUCAUAGCACCUCUUUCUACCAAGGCGCUUACAUCACCGGUGGUAUUUUUACAGGCCCUCAACCUCGCAAUUUUACUUUGUUACCCGUAUCUCACUGUUGUGGUAUUAAAGACUGAGCCGGCUUUAUCUGCGCUUAUGCUCGCUACAUCGGUCGUUUGGGCUUUGAAAAUAUAUUCCUUCCACCAUGUAUGUUUUGAUUAUAGGCGAGCUGUUUGCAACGGGGAGGACCUAUCGGAAAUCUGCAAGACCCGUAUGGAGGCGAGGGCUGCGGCACAUUACCCUGGAUGUAUAAAACUUGCCGAGCUUUAUCGUUUUCUUAUCAUGCCCACAGUGUGUUUUCAGUUUUACUACCCGCAUAUGCGUCGGGUAAGGUGGCUGAAUGCUCUUAAGCACUUUGGGCAAUUUCUUUUCUUGCUGGCAGUAGCGAGGAUAAUUGGCGACCAGUACAUCGUGGUGACUGUUUCUAGCACCUUUACGAUGGAAGAAUUUAAAUCUGCGAACUUUUCUACGGUGGCAUACCACAUAUUGGACAGGAUGCUCUUGCUGUCGAUACCGGUGUUAUACUGUUGGUUGACUAUGUUCGCUGUGAUAUUUCACCACUGGUUAAAUUUCCUUGCCGAGAUUACUAGAUUUGGCGACCGACGGUUUUACGGGGAUUGGUGGAACGCUGCAUGCUUUGGCGAAUAUUGGCGCAAAUGGAACUUGCCGAUUCACCAGUUCAUCGUGCGUCAUAUCAGCAAGCCGCUUCACAAGCUUGGGGUCCCUUGGGAAGCGACCAAGGUUAUAGUAUUUACUAUAUCUGCUGCUCUACACGAGUACCUCAUAUCGGUACCUCUAGGUCUGGGCUGGACUGGAUACGUGUUUUGGGCAAUGAUGGGUCAGAUCCCUUUGCUUAUGAUCACUCGUUUGACAGCGAACUGCUGGCAACGUAUUAUUUUGGUUCCUUUUCUGCUUCACGGGGCAACCGCUGGGCGUGUUACUCUACUGGUACCUUUGGGGCGUGAAGCAAGGUUCAUUUGUAUAGAGGCUGGGCGUGCACCGCCUGCAAAGAUGGCGAAUGUGCAGCUUGACGGCAUUUGCCGUAACCUAAAAUCUACAAUUGAGGAUACUGAUGCGCUUUAUAAGAGCAUCCAGAUGGGUGUGACUAAGCCGCCACGUUCUACAGCUCAGAAGAAAACAGGACACACUGUUCGUUUUGGUGAGACUAAACAACAUGGUAGACGUUGGAUUCCUCCUAUGACUGAACCGCCACAAUACGGUGCACCCGUGGCUUCUCCAGUCUGUUCUCCACAGCACAAAGUGUUUUAUCCACCGGAGAACAAAGCUGUACAACAGAAUAUCGAUUACAUGACCUACGCGACCCGCAGUGAAUUUUUUAGGUCGCUCAAUGUUGAUCUUGAAGGGUGGACCGAGGCGCAGCGAAAGGUUUUUUACGAUCUGGUAGCUGCUGCUGAGAGAGAGAUGCACAAUGAAAGCGAACGUUUACAACGUGAAUAUUCUUUACAGUUGGAAGCUAAGCUGGAGCACCUUAACCGUGAGAUGGCCCAGGCUCAUGGUGCAGUUGUGGCUGAAGUUUCCGAGCUACGUCUCGAUCGUGAGCGUCUUUCUUUUGACGAGGUAGAGAACCGUCGACGUUCGAAGUUGAUGCAGGAUAAUUUGCACCGUCUGCAGAAGUCGUAUGAUAACUUGAUGGAGGAAUGUACUGCUAAAUCCUCGGAGAUAGUAAGACUUAACUCCGUUCUUGCAGCUACGGAGCGUUCUUUUUUGAGUUUCAAGCAGCGCAUGAUGGAGCUCGAAAGUGACCUGAAUGCGAGGCUCCAGCAGAUCGAUAGUCUUCACGAGGAAGUGAGCAGUGCUUAUAAACAAAUGGAAGCUGCUAGCAACAACAAUGUUAAAAGUGAGCGGGCCUUGGCCAGCACAAAGAAUGAAUUGAAGAACAGUCAGGAUCAGCUAACUGAGCUUCGGUUGGAGUUAGAAUCUAUGCAGCUUGGCGCCCAGCUUGCCGCUGGUGAGAAAGCCAGUCUGGAGGUAAAGGUGCGUUCCUUAGAGAAGGAAGUUUCACAAUUGACCGCUGAGAAGAUGCGGUUGGAAUUACAUGUGGCAACACUGGAAACCGGUACUAUAGUGUCUCUGAAGGAGCAAUGCAAGCGGUUAGAAGAGCAACGUAACCUUGCUCGUGUUGAGGCUGCAACUUGUGACAAACGUCAAGAGCUCGCCCAAGCUAAGCGUGAGCUUGAGGCUGUACAAUACCAAUGUGAGCAAUUGACUGACGAGAACAAAACUUUAUUGCGUGAGAACUCAGCCCUGACGAGGCAGCUUGAGGAGGUGCGUCGUCGAGCUAAGGACUGUGAGAAUGACCUAUUCCAACUAAAAUGCCAAGCUCAUGUUUUGAAACAGAGUGGCCAUCGUAUAUUACUAGCUAGAGAAAGGACUGGUGAAUUGCCAGCACCUGAUACUGCCCCUUCUGAGGGUGUUCCGGCUGAGCCGGUUAAACCGCCUAGGCGUGACAUUUUUGCCCCUACUAUGUUCGACGGCCCCGACGCUGAAACACAAGAGAAGAUCGACAUCCUGGAGAGUGAGCUUACGGAGCUGCACUUGGAGAAGGAUCGUAUGGUGUCCGAGAUGACACGGUGUCGAGUAGACCCGAAGUCACCGGCACUUGAACGCCGUCGGUAUCAUAUGUUGGAGAAGAGUGUAGCUGAGACUAACAACCGCAUACAUGAAGUAUCAGAGUCCAUCCGCCAGUUACAGAUACCGAAUUAG